AUGCAUGCACGGCCAAUAUCGAGCCGGAGCCUGCCAUCCGGUGCUGUUAUCGACGUGGAGGGGGGUGCAGCUGCGGAGGAGGGUGGGGCAGAGAAGAUAUUUGUGGCGGUGCGAGUGAGGCCGUUGAGUGCGAGGGAGGUGGCGGCAGGGGAGGAGAGUGUGUGGCAAGUGCUCGACGCCUGCUCUAUCCGCUCUGUGCUCCCUUCCACUGCGCCUGCUUCGUUGCAAGGAGACCGCGCAGUGCCUGCUCAGACUUACCACUUUGACAGGGUAUUUGACGAGCAGGCGUCGUCCCUGGCAGUGUACCAGCACGCAGCCAAACACGUGGUGCUCUCCGUGCUGCAAGGAGUCAACGGCACCAUCUUUGCAUAUGGGAUGACAGGGAGUGGCAAGACGUUCACCAUGGCAGCAGUAACGGAGAUGGCUAUACAGGAGAUCUUUGAUCACAUAACCAAGCACGGCGGUGAGCGGGAGUAUUCCCUGCAGCUGGCAGCCAUGGAGAUCUACAACGAGCAAGUGCGGGACCUGCUGGCUGCUCCAGGGGACAGCGCGCCGCUCAGAGUGCUCGAUGGCGCAGAGGUGGGUGGGAGAAGUGGGCGUGGUGGGGAGCAGUGUGGGUGGUGGGGUGCGUGGGAGGAGAGUGAAGUUGUGCGAGGGCAAGAAGGGGACGGCCCAACGCACAGUGGGGGAGACGCAGAUGAACGAGGCCAGCUCUCGGUCACACCUCAUCGUACAACUGUCCUCAACUAUUCCCGCUUCUCGAAUGGUCCCUCCUCUCAUUCCCAUCCCAUCCCGUUUCCCUCUCUCCAUUACUCCUCUGUCACUCUGCCCGCGACCACUCUCUGUCCUAUGUGCAGUUGUGCCUGCCUGCAAACUAUGCAGAACGAGACCGUGCAGAGCGAGCCCACCGCACCAUCUGCCUCUCCACACCUCUCCACCGCCUCCCUCUUCACUGAACCCCCACCUGCCUCCACUGCUUCUGCUGAUGUUACAAGCGCUCACCCCACCGAGCCAAGGCCCACCGAAGCAUCAGAAGAUGGCCCCACCACGGGCAGUGAGAGAGCGGGGCAGAUGCAGUCAGAGGGGCAGCGGCUGAGGGAGGGAGCACACAUCAACCGCAGCCUGCUCACUCUCAGCACCGUCAUCCACAAGCUCAGUGCCCCUGCCUCUUCCCUCUCCUCCUCCUCCUCCACGCCACCCCCCCUCUCCUCCUCCUCCUCCUCGUCCCCCUCCCGUGCCCCCCACAUCCCCUACCGGGACUCCAAGCUAACGCGCAUCCUGCAGAGCGCGCUGGGGGGCAACGGCCGCACGGCCGUGCUAUGCACUGUGAGCGCUGCAGCGUGCCACACAGAGCACACGCGCAACACCCUGGCGUUUGCUGCACGCGCCAAGCAGGUCUCCACCACCGCCAAACUGUUCGCGCAUGUCUCCCAGCUGUACACACAUCUGUCGCGCGCUCUCUCCCAGCGGGACGAGGCGCGGUGCAUGGUGGCAGCGCAGCAGAGGGAGGUGCGGGCCAUGCGGGAGCACCUGGCGCUGCUGCAGUGGCAGCUGGACGAGGGUCAGGGGAGCGAGGAGAGCGAGGGGAGUGAGGGGGGCGAGGGGAGUGACGGGGGCAAGAGGAAUUUGGUGGAGGGGGAUGGUGGAGAGGAUGGUGCGGUGAGGAGUGGUUUGGAAGGAGGGAGUGGUGUGGAGAGAGCAGCAGGGCGAGAGGGGGUUGGUGAGGAUGAGGGCGGGAGACAGGGGAACGAAGGGGCUUUAAGAGGAAUUGAUGGGGAAGCAACAGCAAGCCAUGUGGUUAGCUGUGUUGCAUCUCGAGCAGGCAACAGCAGUGGGAGUCAAUACCCUUUCCCCAUUCUGCCUCUUCGAUCACUCACCCUCUCCGCCCGUCUACCAAUUCCUGUGAGCAGCAGCGACUAUGCAAGGCAAGCGUGGGUGCAGCAGCUGCAGCGGCUGGCAGUGAUGGGCGAGAGGAUGGGGCAGCAGGACGCGCACAGAGCACUGCUCGCGCUACAGGCUGAGAUUCACUCGCUCUGGCUCUCCGCCUCUGCUUCCCUCUCUCCCUCUGCUUCCCUUCGAACCUCCGGUUUUCCUGCUGCUGCUGCUGCUGCUGUUGCUGCUGAUCCUCCUACUGGUGCUGCCAGCACUGCUGGUGCUGCUGCAGCUGGUGGUGUUGCUUUUGAUUUCCCUUCUGCAGCUCCGCAGAUCUCUGCUGCUUCGUGUGCUGUGGUGGAUGGUGCAGCACGUAACAGCGGUUGCGCCACUGCUGCCACAGAGGCAGUUUGCUAUGGCUUGUCAAACCCACAGGGAGAAGCACAAGUGGUGGCCGGAAGGGACGGAAGAUUCUUACGCAUGCUUGGCACGUACAACCCAGAGCCAACGGACACAGCUGCUCCUUCUGGAUCAUCCCUAGACGAUCCUGUCGUUGCUGGGGCUGGUGAGGCUGCAAGCUGUGCUGCCUCCGGGGAAGCAGCUGCUGGUGCUGAAACGGUACAAUGGAGUGACAUCAAGGCGCCACUGCUGCAGGAUACCUCAGAGGGGCUUGAAGGUGCAAUGGUGCUGGCUGGCCUGCAUUCUGCUGCUGUUGCUGCUGGAGUGACGAGAGGUGCAGCGACAGGCACUGCUAACGCAGCUGCUUCUCCUGAUAACGAUGGCUUGCUCUUGCUGCUGCAGCACCAGCACCAGCAGCAGCAGCAGCAGCAGAUGGGACGGAUGAGAGCACGAGCGAUAGAGGAGCUGGACGGGGAGCAGGAGUUGGAAGGAGAGGAGAAUCAGGGGCAGGAAGGGGAGGAAGAGGAGGAGUACCCAUGUGCGGCUAUCCCUCGGCUGGAGCGGCAGCUGCAGCGCAUGCAGCUGUCUCUGCGAGGCAUGCUGGCUGUCGCUGCUGCUGCUCAUGAAGCUGAAAGAAGCAGCGGUGAUUCCCUUGCGGCUGCUCGGUCGAAUGCUCAUGAUCAUCUCACUCCUGAUGCUGCCAUUGUAGGCUCAUGUUGUCCCGGAUUGGCAAGUGUUGCUGCUUCGGCUAGCGCUAGUGCCCCUGCUGGUGCAGUAUACGGCACAAUUGCACACGCAGCCACUCCCUUGGGGCGUGGUGGUAUGGCUGAUGGCAUGGCUACUGGUUUGGCGGAGAGCAUGGCGGAUGGUGUAAGAACUCCUGCUUUUGCGCUUGACAGCGCUGCCGUUACAGAUACGGCGGUUGGUGCGAGUGCUGCAUCUCCCCGCCACUCCAUCCCCCCCGCCUCGUCCUUCUCUCCCUGUGUGUCCCUCACGGCCUCGUCCUCCUUCUCCCUCGCCCUCGCCCUCGCUUCACCUGCUCGGUUCUCUCCCAGGGUCGUUGGGAGUAUGGAGGCGCCUCAAAGGUCAAUCUCCGGCUCAUCUCCCUUCCCGUUUGCUCUAGGUCCACCUGCCAGGUUUUCUCUUGGGGGGGUUGGGAGUGAGGGGAGAGGGAGGACGAUCGGGGAUGGUGGUGGUUACUGUGGUGCUCGUGCUGGGGCAGAGAACUUGGUGCUAGAGCUGGAAGCAGAGAAGGAGGGGCGGCUGCUGCUGCAGCAGGUGCUAGAGCUGGAGGCAGAGAAGGAAGGGCGGCUGCUGCUGCAGCAGGCGGACAGGGGCGGGAAGGUGGGCGGGCGGUGGGGGCACGAGAGGCACAGCAGACAGAGAAUGACGUGGCAGGGGGAGAAGUGGCGCGGAGGGCACGAGGGGAUGGGUGGGGGGAUGGGCGUGUGGGGGGUGCGUGGAGGAGCAGGCAUGGUACGUGAGUCUGACGUGGCAUUGGGGAGGGGGGGGCUGGAGAAGAUAGAGGAGGGGCGGAGUGGGCGGGAGGGGGCGGAGGGAGGGAUGGGGAGAGGGGAUGAUGGUAAAGAUUGGCCUGGUUACAAUGCUGCUGGUGAUGCUGACGAUGCUGCUGCUGCUGGUGUGAAUCUUGCUGCCCGUGUUGAUUCUGCGGCUGGUGUUGAUGCUCCUGCUGGUGCUGAUAUCGCUGCUACUGUUGAUGCUGCUGCUGAUGCUGAUGCUGAUGCUGCUGCUGAUGCUGAUGCUGCUGCUGCUGCUGCUGCUGCUGCUGAUGCUGCUGCUGCUGCUGCUGCUGCUGCUGCUGCUGCUGCUGCUGCUGCUGCUGCUGCUGCUGCUGCUGCUGCUGCUGCUGCUGCUGCUGCUGCUGCUGCUGCUGCUGCUGCUGCUGCUGCUGCUGCUGCUGCUGCUGCUGCUGCUGCUGCUGCUGCUGCUGCUGCUGCUGCUGCUGCUGCUGCUGCUGCUGCUGCUGCUGCUGCUGCUGCUGCUGCUGCUGCUGCUGCUGCUGCUGCUGCUGCUGCUGCUGCUGCUGCUGCUGCUGCUGCUGCUGCUGCUGCUGCUGCUGCUGCUGCUGCUGCUGCUGCUGCUGCUGCUGCUGCUGCUGCUGCUGCUGCUGCUGCUGCUGCUGCUGCUGCUGCUGCUGCUGCUGCUGCUGCUGCUGCUGAUGCUGCUGCUGCUGCUGCUGCUGCUGCUGCUGCUGCUGCUGCUGCUGCUGAUGCUGAUGAUGGUGAUCCAGGUGGGGAAGGGUUUUGGUACAUGAACGGGAACGUGGGGAAGUGCGAGCAUGGUGUGGUGCGUGUGGAGGAGGAGGGGGGCCAUGAUUGCACUGGAGAGGCAGAGGUAGGGGGAGAGGGAGGCGGGGGCACUGUGGAGAGUAGCGAGGAGAUCAGCAAGCAGGGGCGUGCAAGUGGGGAAGAGCGGCAGGAAAGUGCAAGCAGAGUGGCAGGCAGAGAUGCUUGUGUUGUAAACAACGUGAAUAUUGCAGCAGCACCAGCACCAGGCACGGCAGCAACAGCAACACCAGCUUCAUCAGCAGCAGCAGCAGCAGCAGCAGAAGCAGCAGCAGCCACAGCAGCAUCAGGCUCAACAGCAGAUGCAGAGGAGGCGGCAGCAGCAGCAGUGCAGGCAGAGUGUUUGCUUGCAGACAUAAUCACCAUGUGGCAUGCUUGCCACGUGCCCCUGCUGAGACGCUCCCAGGUGCUGCUGGCCGUUGUGGGAAGUUGCAUGGAGGGUGGUGCCAUGGGUGAUGGUAAUGAAGGCCAUGUGAAUGAUGAAGGUGGUAGCAGGCACGAUGGACGCACGGGGCGUGGAGGAGAAGGGGUGCCGGCGAGCAGGGCAAGCAGGCCGAGGAUGACGAGUGGGACGAGUGGAGUGAUUGGGAUGAGCAGCGUACAUGUGGAGGUGGAGUGGCGGCACAUGCGAUGGCUGCACAGGCAGCUGCAACUGCCCUGCCAUGCGGGCUGGCUCAGCUCCGUCUCACUUCCCUCCUCUCCCCCUCACUGCCUUCCCCUCCCGCCACUCCUCCCGUCCAAUCCCCCAAUCAGCCGGCGGCAGCAGCAGGUGCAGCAGGAGCGCGCAGCCAUAGCCAGGCACAUGAAGCGCCAACUAUCCCCCACACACCGCCUCUCCCUCUUCCUCCUCUGGGGGAUCAACCCUGCCUCUCGCCACCGCUGCUCCCAGCUCGCCCAUUCCAUCUGGCCCCCCCCUCCCCCUCCCCCUCUAUCUUCCCCUUCUCCUCCUUCUCCCGCUCCCCCUCUGCCUCCUCGUCGCCCUCCGCUUGCUUUCGCGUCACCCUCUGCUGCACCUGCUGCAGCAGCCCCUAACCCAGCUGCAUCACCUACAUCUGCUGCUGUGACUGUGACUGGGACUGGGACUGGGACCACAUUGACGGUGGCCCGUGCGUGCAUUCACACGGCACAUGCCAGUGCACACGUGGUCGCAGCAUGUCUCUUCCACCCACCCACGCCAACACCUCCCGCGCCCUCCCAGCUUGCUACCGCUGCUCACGCACAAGCCCGGCCUCCAUCGUCCCUUGUCCCUGCUGCUGAUCCUAGCAUGGGCAACAACACCUCCCGUGCAGCAGAUGCUGAUCGCAGUGCGAGCGGAAACAGCAGCAGCAGCAGCAGCAGCAGCAGCAGGAGAAGGCGUGGUGGUGCUGCCAGUGCGAGCAGCAGCACAUGUCAUGACGACGCACCCCUGGCACGGGGUUUCGUACCAGCGGGCUCGAGUCAUGCUAAGCUUCUGGUUCUAAGACUGGUGGAGGAGAAGGUAUUUCGGGUUACAAUUACUUUCAAGUCAACCCUUCCUGAUUGCUCACUCCCUCUUCUCCUCUCCCUUCCUCUCCUCUCCCCCCCUCUCCUCCCCUUUCAUCUCCUCCCCCCUCCUCUUCUCUCCCCUCCUCUCAUCUCCUCACCUCUCCUCUCCCCUCCUCUCCUCUCCCCCUACCCCCCCUCUCAGUGGCAGCAGAGGUGCAAGAGCUGA